AGUUGUGCAGAGUUGGAGGGGUGCAGCCUGCCCGCCGAGCUAGCCGCAUGCCUCUGUGAGAGAGAGGGGCGCUUCCCGAGCACGCUCCGCUCCCCCCGUCCUUCCUCAUGCUAGAUACGUUCAGACCCGUCCCUUUCGCGUCGGAAAUGGCGAUUAGUAAAUCCGUGGCGUGGCUGAAGCAGCCGUCCCACAUCGAGUCGGCCAUCAACGUGGCCAUCCCCGGCAUCAUGCUGCGGCGUCUGCAGAAGGGCAACCUGCCCCUGCGCUCCCUCGUCGCCAGCAGCGAGGAGGACCGGGAGCGCUUCGCCCGCCGGUGCGGCACCGACACGGUGGUGCUGUACGACGAGCACAGCCGCGACUGGAACGAGAACACGGGCGGCGAGUCCGUGCUGGGACUGCUCCUCAAGCGUCUCAAAGACGAAGGCUGCAAGGCGUUUUAUCUGGAAGGUGGCUUCAGCAAGUUCCAGGCCGAGUUUGCCCUGCACUGCGAAACUAACCUAGACACCUCGUGUAGCAGCAGCUCUCCUCCUUUGCCAGUCUUGGGCUUGGGAGGCCUCCGAAUCAGCUCCGAUUCUUCAUCAGACAUUGAAUCUGACAUUGACAGAGACCCCAAUAGUGCCACUGACUCCGAUGGCAGCCCUCUCUCCAACAACCAGCCUUCCUUCCCGGUGGAGAUUUUACCCUACCUCUACUUAGGCUGUGCCAAGGACUCCACUAAUCUGGACGUUUUAGAAGAGUUUGGCAUAAAAUACAUCUUGAAUGUUACCCCCAACCUGCCUAAUCUCUUCGAAAACGCCGGUGAAUUCAAGUACAAACAGAUCCCGAUCUCAGAUCACUGGAGCCAAAACCUGUCUCAGUUCUUUCCUGAGGCCAUCUCCUUCAUAGAUGAAGCACGGGGGAAGAACUGUGGUGUCCUGGUGCAUUGCUUAGCAGGGAUCAGCCGCUCGGUCACAGUGACGGUGGCCUACCUCAUGCAGAAGCUCAACUUGUCCAUGAAUGAUGCCUAUGAUAUUGUCAAGAUGAAGAAGUCCAACAUUUCACCCAACUUCAACUUCAUGGGCCAGCUGCUGGACUUUGAGCGGACUCUGGGGCUGAGCAGCCCCUGUGACAAUCGAGUACCGAACCAGCAGCUGUACUUCACCACCCCUUCCAACCAAAACGUCUUCCAGGUGGAUUCCCUGCAGUCCACGUGA